AUGAAGAGCUCCAUCUUGCCGGCAUCAGUCGAGACCGAGACCGCGUCGAACGGACUGACGAAUGAGCCCGAGUUAGACGGCCAUGACAUUCUGACGUUGAAUGCCAUCCCGUCCAAUGUAGCCGAUGCGCUGAUCAAAGUGUACAUCGAGAAGGUGCUGCCUCAGUACCCUUUCUUCCUCGCGGAGACGCUGUAUUCCUACCAAUCGAUUCUCUACCACGGCACCGGCACCGGCACCGUGGACGGCGAGCUGCAGCGUCGGGCCGAGUUCAUCGUGGCGAUGAUGAUGGCAAUCAGCACGCUCACAUCCCGGUCGCCGAACCACAGCAGGCUGAUGUCGCUCAGCGAGAGCCUGUAUCGCUAUGCCAUGCAGCGGUACGACACCUUGUCGGCGCCAUCCCUCUGCCAGCUGCAGUGCACCAUGCUACUGUGUCAAUUCGCCAACUUCUGCCCGGCGAUUGCCGAAGUAUGGACACUGAAAGAAAUGGCCAUGAGAAUGGCGUUGGCCAUUGGGCUACACCGAGAGCCGGAAGCGGGCCUGGAAGCCUUUGAUGUCAAGGAGACGGAGUUGCGCCGGCAGAUAUUCUGGACGUUGUAUUCCAUGGACCGGUCGAUUUCCGUGACGGCGCACCGGGCCGUGAGCGUCGACGACGAACUGAUCGACACGGCAUGGCCGUAUCACGACCUGGACGACGAGCCAGCCUCUCGAUGGAAGACACAGACGAUCCGAUUCCUGCGCCACGUCCGGUUCCGACAGAUCCAGUCGGAGAUCUUUGCGGUCAACUUCCAAGGCAAAGAUCUCGGCCCGGUCCCUUACGCCGACUGGAUGAAGGCGCGAGACGGCGAGAUUCUCGAGUGGCGGCGCAGCCUGGACUCGCUCCAGAACACCGGGUUCGACUGGUUCGAGUUUGUCGGCUACACCGGCCAGCUGUAUCUCCACAUGCACUGUCCGCGAAACCCUCAUCCCGACACGGCGUCCAUGGUCACCGGCUUCGGCGCCACCAACGGCAUGGCCGACGGCUAUCUGCGCAUGCUCCGCAAGGGCUUUCUCAAGUUCGACUGGCACUGUGCUCACCAAGCCACCGCGGCCGGCAUUCUGCUCAUUCGCAUGGUCAAAGAUCACUAUCAGACCCUGCUGCAGUAUCACUCGAGCCGCCACGUCAACGACGUGCUCGACAAGUACACGGACAUCUUGACCCUGCUGUCCGAUCGUUGGCCUACAGCGAGCGUCUGUCUGCAAAAGUUUGAGAGUUUGAAAUCUGAUUUGUUCCACGCCUUUUCUUUGUCUGCAGACAUUCUUUUGAGCGCCAAUGCGAAUGUGAAUGGGAAUGCCAAUGGGAAUGCGAACGCCAAUGCCAAUGCAAAUGCCAAUGGGAACGCCAAUGCCCAUGCCCCGUCAGCGUCAGCAGUGACAGGCAAUCGCAAUCCACUGACCAGUCUCACGCCAGCCGACGCGAUGGGGAUGGCGGUUCCUUUCCCGAUCCCAAUCGUCAUGGCCGAGUCUGGAGAGGGAGUGGUGGAGGCAGACCAAGUCUUCGACACGUCGGAUCUGGAGUCGUGGGCAUAUACGAUCAACAUCUUCCGAGACUACACGGAGCAAGAUUGGGAUAUGAUGGCGGGACAGGCGGAAAUGCACUGGCCGUUUUGA